AUGCGUUACACGGAACACAACCUGACGCUGGCACCCUCACAGCCACCUCCUCCGCCUCCGCCGCUGCCACCAGAGGUCAAGGCGGUGCUGUCCAUGUGCGUUGUGGCAACUCGUCGCUACCUCCCCGAUGCCGACUCGCUCAGACAGCUUUUGAUUGGUCCAGAGUGGUCCCUCUAUGGCUUUGUCCGUCCCCAACUGUUGGUAUCUUCUGCCGAUGGUUGCGAUUUGCCUAACUUUGAUAGCAUUAAUCAGAGCAAAAAGAUCUGCUCAAAGCCCGACUCAUUGACCGACACAUGCGAAUCCGGCGCCUUGCUACGAAUUCUCCCAAAGACGUCUAAGGCUACAUCUCAAGUUGUAGUCGGAACGAGCGGCAGCAGUAGUCUUGUCGGCAGCGAAGGUGGAGCGGGACGGACCGCAGUAUAUUCUGUCACGGUCCUCGACUUUGUCGAUCUUGCAAAAGGCUCUCAGUCUUGGCUCAGUCGCUUCUGUGGCAACUUUGUGUCCGUGGUGUGCUCAAACGUGGCUGCUGCGGAUCAGAUCCAGUGUGGAAAUUUUGCGCGAGCCAUUUGCUACCCGUCAGAAGGACUAGCCGGGGGGUACCUCGACAUCUCUGUAUUCAAUGCAGUCAGCGACGAGACGAGCAUGGCGGCGCUGCGAGUGCUGGAUCCCGAGUGGAGCGUGGAUUCACCUCCGUGGAGCAGCAUCGACGUCAUCUGGAUGCUUCUCUGGCUGCUGCCGGCCUGGGUGCCUGCACUCCUAUUGCCCGCCGGUGCCGUGGCGAGGAGGAGGGCUUUUAGACGGGCAACGCUGCUGCUAGAGUUGGAGGGCGCCUUGAGCGAGAUUGAGGUGGAGCAAAAGCAGAGCCGAUUUGACGAGCCGGAGGUUCGCCAGGCCGUUCGCCAGGCAAGAUGGCUCGCUUUCACGCUUCUGCUUCUGGCCCUCGCUCUCGUCCCUUGGCUCACUGCCUUUGCUGCCCUUGCCGCCGUGCUGCCGCUUGCUCGCAAGAAGAGCUGCGAGGUCUGGAUCACCUCGAGAGCCUCGCGGCGGUACUGGCUAUCUGUCACGAGUGUGAGCGGCUUGAUCUACGGCGCAUGGCUCAUCGCGAGCUGGAGCCUGAUUGGUACAGGCGAGUACGAAUACCUGUGGAGGAAAGGGGAAAAUUCAGAUAGCCCAGAUAGGGUCUUCGUCAGCACAUGCCGCCAGCUCCUGCACAGUUCCCCAGAUGACACAGUCGACUCCACCGACGGCUACUUCUUGUACGAGUACCGUGGCAAAGUCUGCAGCGUCCUCGCCCACAUGCUUACGCCGCGAAACAUACCGUUCAUCGCAUGGACGCUGCUUGCGCAGGGGUGCGUCAGCCUGCUCGUCGCUGGCCUCUCCCUCUUGCUACUGCUCAAGUCUGCAGGGCCAAAGGCCAUCCCUGGUGGCCGCCGCCUUGCGUCGUCCGGGUGGUGCGGCGCGGCGAACCGCAACGUCGACGGCCUCCUGACGCUCGCCACAGAGCGAAUUGCCGACCGCUUCGCCGGCUCCGCCAAGGAGCUCAUUACCGGACAACCCGAGGCGGGCUACCACGGAUGGCUACGCGACCGCGCCCCGGAUGGUUCACCGCUCGAACAUCGCGAGGGCAUGCGGCUCGCCGACUUUGUGGCGCUGCCGGUGGCGCGCAGAGCGAGGCUGGAGGAGGCGCACGUGGUCGCGUUGCGUCUCUACUCGACCGCCGCCUUCCGCGCGCUCAACGGACCGAUGCGCCAGCUCAAAAUGAGCAACUACCGCAAAGGACAGGACGGACGCCCUCUCCCCCUCGAGCCUCCCCAGCUGGCGGCGCCGCACCCGCAGCCGGCGACGAUGGCGUUCAUCUACGAGGCGCUCAAGCGGAUGCGCGCCCUCGCAGCAGCGACGGCGGUCGAUCUCGGUGGCAAGGAGCUGGAGGAGCUGGUGGAGCGUCUCAGCUCUCAGAGCGGCUACGGAGACCUCGAUCUCGGCACGCUGCAGCGGGCGCGGGAGGACCGUCUUGUGGAGGAGUCGGCUGACCUGGAGUCCGCGACGCCGAGCGGUGGCGCUGGUGGUGGGUGGCGGUCGAUUGCGCUGCAGGCGGCCGGCCGCGUGUUUGCCCGCUCUGCGGAACCGGCGAGGCCGCAGGAGCAGGGCCUUGUCCUGUGGCGGGGCAUGGGAGACAUGCGCGCCUCGCCUCGCUUCCUCGCCAUGGGCGGCACCGAGUUUGCCUGCUGUUCGACGACUUCGCGGCUCGAGGUUGCGGCGCGCUACGCGUCCGCCGCCGGCAAGACCGCGUUGUUGUUCUGCAUCAAGAGCUCGACGUUCAUGAAUACGGGCGUCGACAUCUCGGACUUCUCCGCCUUCCCGCACGAGAAGGAGUUCCUGUACCCGCCGCUCACGUACAUGCACCCCACCGGCACCACGCACCGGCUAGUGCGGAACGAGGUGACCUUCGACGUUGUGGAGGUCGAGCCUUCCUUUCCUAGCUAG